AUGCGGGCGGACCAGGUGUCCGGGAACUGGAGGACAACCAACCGUGAGACAGUGACAAAUGGACAGACGCGGCCCCUCUUCAGAGCACUGUGCCUUCUGACAAACCCCCCCGCCCCCCACCGUGAGCCCGCUGCUUCAGACAGGAAGCCCGCAGGGCAGAGUCUGGAGGCCCCGCGGGGAGGCCGCAGUCACGCCAUACGAGGCGUCGGCCGCUGCUGGGGACCUGCAGGACAGCUAACACGCUGGGGAGGCGGAGGGACCAGCGGUCCUUCCGUGAAGGGCCAGGAGAGAGAAUUCUCAGCUUUGCAGGCCGCGGGGUCUCUGCGGCAGCUUCUCAACCCUGCCCAGCAUCAGAGAAGCAGACCAGACACUGUGAACCCAUAG